AUGUCUUUUGAGAAAUGCUUUAAUAUGGAAAUGGAUUUACAAACAAGAAAAAUACAAAAUUUAAGAACAAAUCCAUUUUUUAAUGAAAAAUUUAAUAAUUCUAAUUAUGAAAAUGAAUCUAGUAAAUUUAAAGAAAAUAAAACUUCUUUACUUGUUUUAAAUUUUGAUGAUAAUAGCUUAAGUUCAGCUGAAGAGCAUGUAUUAGCACCAUUAGGAUGUAGUGCAACAUUAUCUAGUAGACCUUGUUUAACAUGGGCAUGUAAAGCAUGUAAAAAGAAAAGUGUAGCUGUUGAUCGAAGAAAGGCAGCUACUUUAAGGGAAAGACGAAGAUUAAGAAAGGUAAAUGAAGCGUUCGAAGUAUUAAAACGUCGUACUAGUUCAAAUCCAAAUCAAAGAUUACCAAAAGUAGAAAUUUUAAGGAAUGCUAUUGAAUAUAUUGAGAAUCUAGAGGAUUUACUGCAGGAAUCAUCACCGACCCGUUCGAUAACGGAUAAUAUGGAUAAUUUACAUUUACGACCAUCAGCACAUGAUUAUGUAUCUUCAUAUACGGGAUCAUUUUUAAGAGAAAAAAUUAGUCAACUUGGUAAGGAUGUAGAAAAAUAUUCACCAAUUUCAGAACAUAACUGUUAUACAUCAUCAUCAACAUCAAGAACUGAAUCAAGUUUGGAAUGCCUUAAUUUAAUAGUUCAAAAUAUUAAUAAUGAUAUUAAAAUUAAUAGUUUAAACAGUACACGGUCGUCGUCGAAUGUGACGAAAUCCAAUAAUAAUAAUAAUAAUUUACCAAUUAAAUGUGAAAUUAAAUAUAGUUAAUUAGAAUAUUAUAAAAUUAUUUUUUUUUUGUUUCUUUUUUUAAAUUGUGUAUUAUAAUUAUAGUUAAAUUAUUUGUACAGUAUAAGAAUGAAAUAUAAUAUUGAUAAAUAAUCUGUGGCAA